AUGGAAAACGUGACCGCCGCCAUUAUCAGAUACGACCUUAUGGUAAGUGGAAUUUAACUUUUUUUCUACCUGCGAAUUGGUUUUUAAGCGCAUUUUAUAAUUUGAAAAACUUUCAGACUCCACCGAUGGACGAGCUCCACCUUCAUGUUCGUUUUCCAAAUGCUGAUGUAAAUUGGUGGGCACGUUCAGGUCGUAUGACUAGGAAGACCCGAGAACGUUGUAUUUUUUUGUAAGAAAAGUCAAAUAAAUAUUUUUAUAUGUGAUUUAAAUCGAAAAGAUUCGAUUUUUAUGCAAAUUUUGCACUAUGAAGAUUGAAAUCUAAAUUGGUCCCUCCAUUCUUUUCUCUCUCUCGCCUCUCCGUGCGGCGGUUCCGGCAUGAGUUCUCCUUCGACAGCGGAGUUCUACUCCUCGAUAACAACCUUUCUGCAGUGUCUCAACUUGACCACGAAAUUUGAGGGCCAAGUCCCGAACGAGUUCCAGAUAAUAACCCAUGCAAAAGAUAAUGAUGGAGGGUUUAUUCGAUACACGUACAAUCCGUCCGAGAAAAAUGUGACGUAAGUGGGACGCGGGUGCAAAAUUUCAAUUUUAUGUGCUAGAAUUCAUCUAGUAAGUAGGUGACCCUAGCUUUGUGGAGUUUUUAAGUUCGAGAAGGAAGUAUUUUGCUGCGUUUUUGAGACUUCCCGGAGGCAAAAUGGUACGUUUUUUGCCACCGGAUUAGGUUCGCCACUGUAUCUUUGCUUCGCUGGUAGAUUCGGAGCUGACGUUCUGAGGGAUUAAAAUGUGACGCAUUUGGGGUGCGCGCUAUAAACUUGAGAAAGAUUUAUCAACAUCAAAUGUUACUUUCAGUGACGAGAAACUGGACUUGGUUGACAACGAGACAGGCCUGGAAAGUUACCGCUUUCACUUGGCGCUGGAACAAGACAAGCUUCUCACCGGAGUUUCUGGAUACAAGGCUGCAGAGUGGGGUUUUAUUUUUACAAUAUUUUUUUGUAGUGAAUGCCCGGUUUUUGAUAAGAAAGUCGCUACUAGAGACUGUUCAUUGACAAGCGCUGCCUUAUUUGAAAUGCUGGGAUCGAAUAUGGUGAAGAUUGGAUGUGUAAAAGAUGCACACGGAAAUCAUGUAUACCAAUUGAAUGGAACCUAUCUUGGCGACUACUCAACGGAAACCCAGGACCAGUUCAACUGCGAAAGCAAGCUGGCAGUGUUUGGAGAUAAGAUUGUCUUCAAAAAUAAGGGAGAGGACGUCUGCAAAGAAUUAAAUUGGGCUGUGGAUCACGUUUGGAAAGCGUCGGAAUGCGCAAAGGACGACAAAUUCAAGUUGAAUUCAAAGAACGUCCUACUUUUUCCAUUAGUAAGUGAAAAAGAGAGCGUCCCGACUUUUCGGGUCGGGAAGAGAUCGGGUCAACGACAUUCCGGUUUAACGAUACCGUUUAACUUUUUCGCUUCGGUACUGGAAAAAAGAAUUUUUUGGAGAAAUUGAACAAAAUUUUCACGUUUACAUAUAAGAUACGUCCUAUCCUAACAAUCAUCAACGGAAUAGUUUAUCUAAAAAAAUCCAGAAGUAACAUUUUUACUCUACUCUGUAAAGGAAGAUUGUAACGUUCAGAUCGGUUAUCCACAAACAAAUUUUUUUUGUUUUCUUUUCCCGGGGCGAAAACGUUUCAAAAUUUUGUUCAAAUUUCACAAAAAUUCUUUUUUCCAGUCCCGAAACGAAAAAAUUAAACGAUAUCGUAUCGUUAACGCGAAAUGUCGCUGACCGGAGCUGUCCUUGACCCGAGACGCCGUAGCGCCAAAAAAUUGUUUUUGUUUAUUUGUAAUGUAAUUCUUGUUUUCAGAACUACAUUCUUAUUAAAUUUUCGGUGGAAGGAUGUAAGCCACUUGGUCCUGAGUUAGCCGAUUAUUUCAACAACACCUAUGUGAAGUACCUGUACAAUCCGAACGGAAGAUCGUGGGUCCUCGCUUUCUGUGAAUUAUAUUUUUUUAGAAGUUCCGAGGAUGUGACGAUUGCGACGGAAUCCCCGAAUUGUGCGCUGAUAGGAGUAGGCGCUGGCGGGGCGCUAGUGUUCAUCUUACUGCUGGUAGUGCUGGCCGUUUUUCUCCUUCAGAAGUUGGAGAAUAGGUUGCUUUAG